AUGGGCGAGGAGGUGCGCGUCUCCAUAAAUCUGUCCUCCGGCGGCGCCCAUGUGCAGAUCGCGCCGAAGGGACCCGCACCGGGGAUCCAGCCGGAGGAUGGGGCGGCGGGGCCGGGGGAAGACGCCGGGGCGCGGGCGGAAGGUGGGGAGACCGCGGAGCCGGGCAUCGCGGACGGCGGCCGCGAGGGGGGGGGAAAUGAUGACGGGCAGCAGCCGACGAGCAACGGCGACAUGGCGGUGAAAGGGGAGAUGAGCGAAAGGGAGGUUUCCGCGGGGGUUGUGUCCGGGCAAAUCGGGGAGCGGGCCGGCGCCGGGAUGCCGACGGUGGUGUCCUAUCCGUCCGAAGAGGUGCCUGUGACGCGGAUCGAGCUGUCCAGCGAUCACCUGUCCGACGCGGACGACGCCAGCCCCCGGUGGGCCGAAGGGGGCGGCCAGCUGGCCGUGCGGACGCGCGGGGCGGCCAAGCCCGAGGGGGCGGGCUCGCCGGGGGGCAGGAUCCCGGACUCCGCGAGGCUGUCCUCGGAGAUCGACGAGGACCCCGGAGAUGCGCUGCGGUCCGUGACGGACGCCCUGCAGGAGGCCGAGAAACGCAACUCGCGCCGCGAGCGGUCUCGGUCGUCCAGCCGAUCGUUCAAUGGGUCGCUGGACGGCGCCGCCGGCGCCAACGGGGUCUCCACGCCCGCGCCCCAGGGCGGCGGGGCGCCGGACGGCCUGGCCGAGAUCCCGCUGAUCAGCCAGGCCGGCCAGCCGUUCGAGGGCCUGCUGCACUGCGACACCACGGACUCCGUGGGCCACCCCGUGGUGGUGGUGAACACGGGUGCGCUGCCGCGGGUGCCGUUCGGCGCGGCACGCGGGCGCACGGCGGCGCUGAACUACAUACGGGACGCGCUGCAGCCGGUGGUGGAGAGGGGGCCCUACGUCCUCAUAUUCACGUCGCUGCAGGUGUCAUCCCUGUCCCAGGUGAGUGCCGCCUGGGUGGUGAGCGCCUACAGGAAGCUGACACGCCCUUUCAAGAAGAAUGUCAAAUUCAUCGUUCUUGUGCGGCCCAGCCUGUGGCUGAAGGCGUUACUUAAGGUGAUGGGGAUGGUAGUGAAGCAGAAGGCACGGCGGAAGGUCAAGAUAGUGCGGUUUCUAGAGGACAUGGCUCUGGCCACAGGUGGAGAGGUUUCAAUGGAGCACCUUGGCCCUUCCGUACUCAAGGCAUUGGCAAAUGCAAGAGAGGCCGCUGCAGCUGCCUCCUGA